AUGGCUAUUAUAUUGCAUAAUCUGUAUCCACCAUUUAUCUGGGUUGUUGGCACAUUAUAGCUUCCGCAGCUGAUUUGCCCUUGAGACAGAACAGGGAAGAUUAUAUGCAGACAUAUUCCGCCUUAUCUCUUGUCAUUUAAGAACCGAAAUCUUCUGGAGUCUUCUUCUAAUUACAGCCUCCCUCCUUAACAGGAAUUCUUGUCACCUGAACUCAUUGUAGCCGAGGCAUGUAACACAGAAUUAGUGGAUUGAGUCACUAGUUUGUGAUGCUUUUUGCUGGUACCUGAUCAGCACCUUAAAAAAAAUGGUUGACCGUCAAGUUUGGUCAAUCUCUGAUCAGAUUAUGGAUCUUAUCCUUAUCUCUUCAUUCCGAAAAUGUUAGCUCACUGACAUGAUAUUCAUAUUAGUGUCUCCCAUUAUUAUCCUAGUUUUUUAGUACACAUCAUUGUCGUAUGGUUAGGAAAGUAGCCAAUAUUGAACUCAGUGCUGCAGUUAACGAGGUAUGUUGACCCAACUUGAACCAUUUCGAUUGCUCAAAAUUAAUUUUCAGGUUAGAUGAAAACCAAGUGAUUGCGAUUGCAUAUAACUAGUGUGAUAAGAUGAACGAAUGAUGUACACAGGAAGGUAUCAAGCCUUAUAGAUAUGA